GCCCAGCUCAGCCUCAGUCCCCGCAGCUUGUGCGGCGGCGUCGGCACCAUGAGGCGAGGGCCCCGGAGCCUGCGGGGCAGGGACGCGCCAGCCCCCACGCCCUGCGUCCCGGCCGAGUGCUUCGACCUGUUGGUCCGCCACUGCGUGGCCUGCGGGCUCCUGCGCACGCCGCGGCCGAAACCGGCCGGGGCCAGCAGCCCUGCGCCCAGGACGGCGCUGCAGCCGCAGGAGUCGGUGGGCGCGGGGGCCGGCGAGGCGGCGCUGCCCCUGCCCGGGCUGCUCUUUGGCGCCCCCGCGCUGCUGGGCCUGGCACUGGUCCUGGCGCUGGUCCUGGUGGGCCUGGUGAGCUGGAGGCGGCGACAGCGGCGGCUUCGCGGCGCGUCCUCCGCAGAGGCCCCCGACGGAGACAAAGAGGCCCCAGAGCCCCUGGACAAGGUCAUCAUUCUGUCUCCGGGAAUCUCUGAUGCCACAGCUCCUGCCUGGCCUCCUCCUGGGGAAGACCCAGGAACCACCCCACCUGGCCACAGUGUCCCUGUGCCAGCCACGGAACUGGGCUCCACUGAACUGGUGACCACCAAGACGGCCGGCCCUGAGCAACAAUAGCAGGGAGCCGGCAGGAGGUGGCCCCUGCCCUCCCUCUGGACCCCCAGCCAGGGGCUUGGAAAUCAAAUUCAGCUCUUCACUCCAGCAUGCACAUGCCCUCUUUCUGGGACCAGGCUAACCCUGCAGAAGCACAGACACUACAGACCACAGCAUUCAGCCCCCAUGGAGUUCGGUGUGCUUGCCUUUGGCUUCAGACCUCACCAUCUUUGACAGCCCUUGAAGGUGAUAGCCCAGCUCCUGUUCCUGUGCCUUCAAAAGGCUGGGGCACUAUGAGUAAAAGACCGCUUUUAAAAUGGGGAAGGCACCAUUAAGCCAAAAUGAAUCUGAAAAAAGACCAAGUGGGAGGAUGCCUAAUUUGUAGUUGGGUGGUUUUUUGUGUUUGUUUGAUUUUUUUUUUUUUUUUUUUUUGAGACGAGUCUUGCUCUGUCACCAGGCUGGAGUACAGUGGUGGCGCGAUCUCGCCUCACUGUAACCUCUGACUCCUUGGUUCAAGUGAUUCUCCUGCCUCAGCCUCCCGAAUAGCUGGGAUUACAGGCACACACCACCACAGCCAGCUAAUUUUUGUAUUUUUAGUAGAGACGGGAUUUCACCAUGUUGGCCAGGAUGGUCUCGAUCUCCUGACCUCGUGAUCCUCCCUGCUUGGCCUCCCAAAGUGCUGGGAUUACAGGCAUGAGCCACCAUGCCCGGGCUUGUUUUGUGUUUUGGUUUUUUUUUGAGACAGGGUCUUGCUGUAUCACGCAGGCUGGAGUGCAACGAUGGGUCCCCAGCUAAUUGCAGCCUGGGCUCAAGCAAUCUUUCUGCUUCAGCCUCCUGAGUAGCUGGGACUACAGGUGCUCCACCUUGCCCAGCUAAUUUUUUUUUUUUUUUUUUGAGACAGAGUCUCGCUCUGUCGCCUAGGCUGGAGUGCAGUGACACAAUUUUGGCUCACUUCAAGCUCCGCCUCCUGGGUUCACGCCAUUCUCCUGCCUGAGCCUCCUGAGUAGCUGGGACUACAGGCGCCCGCCAUCACGCCCAGCUAAUUUUUUUUGUAUUUUUAGUAGAGAUGGGGUGUCACCGUAUUAGCCAGGAUUGUCUCGAUCUCCUGACCUUGUGAUCCGCCCACCUCAGCCUCCCAAAGUGCUGGGAUUACAGGCGUGAGCCACCGUGCCUGGCCUUUUUUUUUUUUUUAAAAGACAGGGUCUCGGUAUGUUGCCCAGGCCAGUCUCAAACUCCUGGCCUCAGGCAGUCCUCGCUGAAGGGCUGGGAUUAUAGGCAUGAGGCGCUGGGCCUGGCCUCUAUUUCUUUAAUACCUGCCCUCAGAGCCGUCCUGCUUUUAAAUUGAUGCAAAUGGCAGCAGUGAAUAAUCAAUUCAUGGGUUCGCUUGCUUUGGGAUUUAGUACAAGAUUAUUUUAAGAAAUAACAAAGGAGAAAAGAUUGAGCUGGAUUUUGCUGAUUCUCAGGUAUCUGUACCCCAGGGUCAACCCUGAGAUUGGCCCAAUCUGCCAGAACCUAAGAUGCCAUUUUGACCCCAGUGGCAGCUUCCAGAGCCACAAGCCUGCAUUUGGGAGGAGGUGCGCAGCCUUCAGGGCUGGACUCCAAACUCGAGCUGAAGGAACAUGCUGGCAGGCAGCUCUCUCAGGGUCCACCUGGGGUUCCAGCUGCUCCAAGACACAGCACAUUCAUCCAUAAACAUGGAAGGGCUGGGACCUACAGGAGGCUCCUUUGUGUAGAGGCCAGGGCAGGCGUGUGACCUUGAACCAGGUGGACAUGAGGUCCCUUGAACUCCCUUCUCUCUCUGGCUUGUUCCCCUGAAGCACUGGCCCCCCAGUGCUGGGCUCAUUUGGCCAUCCUGUGCCAGCCCCCUGGUCACCCACCGUCACAGUGGAAGCUGCUCCCUCCUCUUACAAUGGUGUUCCUUGCUCUGGGGUCUGGGGACAAGACCGUCUCUUUCCACUCCUGGACAACACUGUGCACUCAGUCAGCCGCCUCCUACCUGCCCUCCUGCACAGGGUCAGAACCUCCUGACCUGGACUUCACCCUGGGCAGCUUCCUUGGAACUUGUUGCAGCUUAGCAUCUUUGGAAGGGAGCACUGGACUAGGAGUCAGAAGGUGGAGUUCUGGGCGCUGUUUUUCCACUCUUGGGCCCUGGGCAUGUUCUGUUCUGUGCAUCAGAUGUUUUCUGCCUGCCUCCCCCUGAGCUGCCACCAGAGCCACCUGUAGACCCCUGCUUCUCCUGCCCCUCCUGUCCCUUGCCAGGCCUCUGGACUCAGUGCUUCCUGUCCCAAGGACCUGUUGUGUGCCCAGCUCGGAAGACAGUGGCCACUCACAUCCAGGUCUCUGCCUGGCUACUUGCUCCAUGAACCCAUCUCAGAUGCCCCUGCCCCCAGGGAGCCAGGUGACAGGGUGAGGUCAAGUGACAAGCAGUAGGUGUGGGAGAGGGUUGGUGGGGUCAGGCCCACAUGGGCCCAGCCAUCCACUCCCCUUCCAUCUGGUGUUGGGGGAGUCUGAGCUGCUUCUGGCCACCCCAUCUGCCCCACCCCAUCUUCUCCUGGCCACCCCAUCUCCCACCCCAUCUUCUCUUGGACACCCCGUCUCCCACCCCAUCUUCUCCUGGCCACCCCGUCUCCCACCCCAUCUUCUCCUGGCCACCCCAUCUUCUGGCCACCCCAUCUCCCCCACCCCAUCUUCUCCUGGACACCGCCAUCUCCCACCCCAUCUUUUGCUACAGCCAGGGUUAGCUCAGCAGGUGAAAACCCCGAGGGUGGGUGAAACCCCUCUGGGGCUCAGACAUGCAAACCUUGGGCAUCUCUCUGUCCCAGCUGGCCCCGCCAGCCGGUAGGAAGUUUCCCCUGAGUUCUCAGUUUUUUCUUCUGAAAAAUGAGGGGUUGUAUGCAAGGUUCUCCUCCUGGCCUGUGGUCCCCAGAGAAGGGCAGGAAGGAACCUUAGAUAAUUCUCAUAUGCAUUUAACAGAUGAGGAAACUGAGACCCAGAGCCGUCACAUCAAUACCUCAUUUGAUCUUCAUAAGAGCACCUGGAGGAGGGGGGUGGGGUGUUUGUGUUUGUUUAAAUUUUUUUUUGUGAAAAAAAUGAAGAUAGGCAUUUUGUAGACAAUCUGGAAGUUCUGGACUGGAAUCCAUGAUGUAGUCAGGGAAGAAAUGACCCGUGUCCAGUAACCCCAGGCCUCGAGUGUGUGGUGUAUUUUUCUACAUAAUUGUAAUCAUUCUAUACAUACAAAUUCAUGUCUUGACCAUCAUAUUAAUAUUUGGUAAGUUUCUCUCUCUUUAGAGACUCCACAAUAAAGUUUUCAACAUGGUAAGGUUUUCCACCUGGGCAUUUGGAUACUUUGGUUUUUGCUGUUGUGGCCAA